AUGAGCCAAGGCGGCGAAGCCAUCACCGAAUCCUCCAACACGGCCCUCGCCAUCAUCAUCGCCGAACGCUCCGCCUUCGCCCUGGUUACCGCCCUCGCCGCCCUGAGCCCACCGCGAUUCCUCCGCUUCAGUUGUUGCGCCACGAGGUACCCAUACUCCGCGUCUUCGGGACGCAGGCUGAGUAAGGCUUUACCUCUCAUGUAUAGGCGCGAGAUGAAGAGCGGGCCGGUUUUGGGGGCGGGUUUGUUGGAGAAGAAGCGGCCGCAGUGGAUGCAGCGGUUUGUGCAGGAGAUGAGGUAUCUUAGGCCGCAGUGGGUGCGCCAGCGCCAUCUUGGGAGGGGGUUGGGGCGGAAGGGGACCGGUGGUGUUGGUGGUGUUGUUGUUGGUGUUGGCGUUGAUGGUUCCGGUGGGGACGAGGGUGAUGAGGGGGACGAGGUUGACGAGGGCCCGGACAAUGUGGAUGACGAUGAUGGAGAUGGAGACGUUGUGGCGAUUUGCACAGCGAUCUCGUCUGGCUCGGCUGGCGGUGGUGGUAGUGGUGAAUCCGGGGGAGUUAUCAAUGAUGGUCCACGAUGGCUGGAUUCGUUCACUUGGAGAUGGUCGGCCAUUCUACGCCUCCUUGCCCCUUCGCCUCCUCGGGAACGUCUGGCGAUGGUUCGACCUCGUUGCUUGUCCAAAUUCGGCUAUGUGCAAACCCUAUAG